CCGCCAUGGACCCCAAGGACCGCAAGAAGAUCCAGUUCUCCGUGCCCGCGCCCCCCAGCCAGCUCGACCCCCGCCAGGUGGAGAUGAUCCGGCGCAGGAGACCAACCCCUGCCAUGCUGUUCCGGCUCUCAGAGCACUCCUCGCCAGAGGAGGAGGCCUCACCCCACCAGAGAGCCUCAGGAGAGGGGCACCACCUCAAGUCGAAGAGAGCCAACCCCUGUGCCUACACACCCCCCUCGCUGAAAGCUGUGCAGCGCAUUGCUGAGUCUCACCUACAGUCCAUCAGCAACCUGGGUGAGAACCAGGCCUCAGAGGAGGAGGAUGAGCUGGGGGAGCUGCGGGAGCUGGGCUACCCAAGAGAGGAAGAAGAGGAGGAGGAGGAGGAUGACGAGGAAGAGGAGGAGGAGGAGGAGGACAGCCAGGCUGAAAUCCUGAAGGGCAGCAGGGGGUCUGCUGGGCAGAAGACUACUUGUGGCCAAGGUCUGGAGGGUCCCUCGGAGGGCCCGCCUCCUCUGGAUGAGCCCCAGAGAGACGGAAGCUCUGAGGACCAAGGGGAAGAUCCGGCAUUAAACGAACCUGGGGAGGAGCCACAGCGCCCUGCUCACCCUGAACCUGGCACAUAGGCACCAACCCUGCAUCUCCCAGAAGAAGUGGCGAGGGCGUUGCUGUUCCCCAGAAACUCACUCUGUCCCUACCCUACUUUGUACCCUUCCCCUCACUUGCUAGGGCUGCGGCUUCUGACUUAGAAGACUAGGGCUGGUCUGUGUUUGCUUGUCUGCCCACCUUUGGCUGAUGCCCAGGGUCCCUGGGCACUUGCUGCCUGAUGCCUACCCCUGCCAGUCAUUCCCCCAUUCACCCAGUGGGUGGUGGGAUGUGAGAGAGCUUGCAUUGGGAAAUCCAGUAAAUGGGGGACAAAGGUUCAUCCUUCACAAGUCUACUCCCCAGACUCUCUCCCCUGGGCACAGGAAACCCACAGGGCAGGACCCUAAGAUCUGGGGAAAGAGGGUACUGAGAACUUUAAGUGCCCAUAGAUCCUUCUCCAUCCCCUGGGGAAUUCCAAGUCACCACCCCUCUUACUGGUUUCUACCAGGGCCCAGGAUUCAGGCAUCCUUUCCACAGCCUCAACAUUUUGGAAAUCUUCCCCUUAUCAACUGCUCCCCAGCCUGGGUGCCUGGAAGAUGGACUGGCAGAGGCUGCUUUGUUGCAUUUUGUUUGUGCUUUGAUGCCAGGAAUGCCGCCUAGUAUAAGUCCUUAGGGGGGCACAUGGUGGGGGAGCCAGGCUCUCCUUGUCCUCCAGCUGCUCUGCCCCCUUCCCUUCUUCCCUGACUCCAGGACUGAACCCCUCCCAUGCUGUAAUAAAUCUUUGUAAAUAA